UUGAUAAUAUGUCAAAGCGGCCAUGUUUUAUUAUGUUCUGAUUGGUUAGAUUGAAUGCAGAUGCGUAAACUAAGAAAUUAACCGUUUUCAAUAGUGAAUAAGUGGCGUGUUUGUUGUUAAUGAGAAAAAAUACUUUAUUGCGAACGAUUUUUCAAAAGACAAUCGAUAAUUGAAUUGAAGUAACAUCCUAUUGGAACCAAUAUGUCUUUUGCUCGAAGUUUACUGGAUGAGUUGAAUGAACCUGAAGAUUUUGACUCGUCGUCAGGUUGUGAAAUGUCUUUUGAACUUUCCAGUGACAAUCUUGGUGAAAAUAUGCCAUUGUUCAGCCCUAAAGUUAUUCAUGGACCAAGAAAAUUGGAAUUUUCCAGAUAUGAAAAUAACAACAGAACACCUGGACCAAAGAAUCCAUCAUUCAGCCCUCCUUACAAAAGAGUUAGAGCACUAAGACUAUUUGAUAGUCCUCUCACACCAAAGACCAUUAUUCAGAAGUCUUCUUCAGCAACUCCACUGCCAAGAAGUAGACUCUUUGGUGACAAACCUAGGGCUGUGGCUAGCGCUUAUGCAAAAAGAGAAGAUCGGCCCACAGCAAACGUGAAUCCUUUCACACCAAACGGUAUGUUGUUGUCAAAAAAACGCACAAGGUCAAUUAGAUCUCUAUUGGGGUCUCCGGAAAUAAAACCUCCCAAAUUUGAUCUCAAUGAAAGUGAUGCAUCUGAUGUUGAAAUUGAACAACCGACAAAAAGAGUAGCGUUACAGGAAAACAACAUAUCCAGGUACCAUCAAGAGUUUUUGGAAUUAGAACUAAUAGGUAGAGGUCAAUUUGGGUCGGUUUACAAAUGUAUCAAUAGGUUAGAUGGAUGUGUUUAUGCUGUUAAAAAAUCUACUAAACCAGUUGCAGGCAGCGUUUCUGAAAAGACAGCUUUGAAUGAAGUAUAUGCCCAUGCUGUUUUAGGCAAACAUCAGCAUGUUGUUAGAUACUACUCUGCAUGGGCAGAAGAUAAUCAUAUGAUUAUCCAAAAUGAAUAUUGUAAUGGAGGCUCUCUAGCAGAUAAGAUUGCCCAAGAAGCUCUUAGUGCUCAAGAACUUCGAACUUUGUUACUCCAUGUCGCAGAAGGUUUGCGAUAUAUUCACUCUGAAGGUUUAGUUCAUAUGGACAUCAAACCGGGAAACAUAUUCAUAUCCAGAGAGAAAAAAAUUCAUAUAACAAACUAUGACUCUGCAGACGAUGGGUUUGAAGACCUAGAUGAUAAUUCACUUCUGGAAGAGGAAAUUACAUACAAAAUUGGUGAUUUGGGACAUGUCACUAGCAUACAGAACCCACAGGUGGAAGAAGGAGAUUGCCGAUACUUACCGAAUGAGAUCUUGCAAGAAGAUUAUUCACAUCUCACAAAAGCUGAUGUAUUUGCCCUUGGUUUGACUGCUUUGGAAUGUGCUGGAGCUGGCCCCCUUCCAAAAAAUGGAGAAGAGUGGCAUGAGCUUCGUAGAGGUGAAUUACCAUCUUUACCUCAAAAAUUGAAUCGGGAUCUGAUAGAACUCAUCAAGUUAAUGAUUCAUCACGAUCCUGCUCUGAGGCCCACACCCACACAAAUUUUGCAAAACAGAGCUCUUUCACCUGAUAGUAAAAAAUCCAAAGCAGAACUAACCAGAGAGUUGAACGCUGAGAAAUUGAGAAAUGAAAUGUUGGUGAAACAAUUGAAAGAGGCAGCUAUGUGUAUCAAGACUAUUGCCAAUGAGACUGUUAAGAUGCCUUCUGUAACGAAAAUGAAUUCAAGGUUGAUUGGAAAGAAAGUUAACAGAAGUGUUAGUACCACGACUUUCUAAAUCAGGUGAUAUUUUAUUUUAUUUUUUUUUGUUAUCGAAGUAUAGAGUAAUUCUGAUUUUAUAUUUUUGCAAAAUAUUUUUUUUAUGUAUCAGAAGAAACGAGAGGUAAAAUGAUGAAUAUGAUAAUUGAUGAUCCAUACCAAUAGAGUUUUCUUUUAAUGAGCAAAAAUAUAGAGAGUCAGUGAGAAUUUUGAUCUGUCCGAGGAUCUAAAUAUAUUUUUUCAUCCAGGUGUCUUCUGUCUUUUCCCCCAAAACCGUCAGAAGUAAUUAUUAAACACUACUUUUUACAUCUUUCCUAUAUUUGAAUGAUUAAAUAUUUAGUUUAUAAAAGUUGUAUUUUUUGAGUUGGUAAUAUUUUUUAAUAUUUAAUAUUAACUUGACUGAAAAAGUAUAUUUAGAUCAUGAUUGAGAGAAACGGUAUUAUUAUAAGCUUUAAAUUACUUUUUCGCAAUAACUUGUAUACUAUUUCAAUGUCGUCCAAAUAUUACAGGUGAAUAAAAAAGUGCUGCACAUAAUAAAUGACAAAUUUUUGUUCACUUGUAAUAAUAUAAAAUAAUGAAAGAUAUAUUUAAGUAAAAGUUUAUGAAGUAUUAUAGUAGUCAUACAUUGAGAUGUGACUAAUAUUUAUAAUUUACAAAUAAUUUUCAAAAAAUUAUUAAGGCAUGUGUAGAAUACUCUGUACUUCUCCUAUUGAAAAAUAAUAUCAAAAAAGAGAAUAUAAUUUAUUAGUUUUUAGGCAAAUGUGGCUAGUUAGAAUUCCAAAUUCGGAAGGUAGACUGUUUUUCAUAUACCGAUGGCUGUUCCUUUCUUAAAAGUGAUGAUUUGUACAUUUUUGUUGAAAUCAAUGUUGCUCAUUAGUUUGUAUUACUUGCUGCCUGCUGAUUUGUUUGUUUUAUUUAUAUACUUUUGAUAUUUUUAGUAGUUAUUUAAAUGCAUUUUUCCAUAUUUAGAUUUAAAUUCGAUAUCUUAAUUAUGUUAUUUGUAUGUGAUAACUAAAAGAGUUUGUGAGUUCUUUCAUUAUACUUUCAAUUAAGGAUAUUGAACAACUGAAAGAUGUCUAAUAGCCAUAUAUAUUUGUCUGUCUUUAAAAAUUACACAUUUUUUUGAUAUUUUCCACAAUUUAUGUCCAACUUUGAUAUUGAAAAAUUUUAAUUCCUGUCCAGUGGAUUUAUUUAACACUCGAUCCUUUCAAAAUGUCAGCCAAAUGAAUUGUUUUUAAUCAAAAAAAUUAAGUUGAACAAAUAAGUAUUUGUUAUUCCCUUUAAUGUUAUUAUUUUGUUCUGAUAACGGAGUUUAUUAUUUUUCAACUAAACUUUGUUUUCUGUAAAUAAAAAUUUUUGUUUCAAGAACGAGUGAACAUUCCACUAGAAUGCCAUUAAUCCAAUUUCAAUAUUGGGAUAUUUUUCUUCUGGCAAAUUGAUCACAAAAAUAUUAGAUAAAUCCACUUUGGCAUGUCUUCAUUUUCAAUAAACAUAACUAAUAUAUAUGUAUAUAGAUAUUUGACAUCUGCUUUUGCUAGUUAACACCACUUACAGUUCACUUUGUUUUUUCAUAUAAGGUGCUUUCCAUUCACAACGACCAUAGUCGGGCAUAGAUAGACCAUGGUCAAAGAUUGUUUUCCUUUCACUCAUCUUGUUAGUCAACAUAUGAUAUAUUAGAACAUAGUUCGCUAUUGAACUGAAAGGAAAGCACUUGCAACUGACUACGUUUGUCUGUGGUCGACUGUAGUUGCAAAUGAAAGACCCUCAAAAGAUAUUUUUUUCACUAUAUGACUAUGCUGUUUUUUUGUAAGCAUAUUUACAUUCCUUUUAACUAGUGCCUUAUUCACAUUUUUGUAAUUGUAUAGUUUUUAAUGUUACUAUAUUUUGUAAAAAGUACCAAAUAUAUAUUAAAAUUUA